GUUUCACAAUGUCUCGUCGAUCUGUAUCUCAUCAACGCGAUCAAGACAGAUACUGCGUAGUACGUAGAGUGUGGUAUGUUCACGCGGCGGACCGUUAUGCGGAUGGAGGAUACUGCUUUGUCGGUAGCUUUGCCUCGCCUGGAUGAAUGGCUCGCUGCGAUGGAGGUUGAGCCGUACCUCUCGCCACCUAUCAUAUCGGAUGGGUGCUGGGAGAAAUUUGGCGAGACAUUACCUGUUAUAGCUCCUCUCAUGGUGAGGUACCAGCGCAGCCGACUUUGGUUUUGGAGCCAGCUCUACUUUGAAGCUCUGGGUCGCUUGAUGACCUUGCAUAAAAAUAUGGUGGAUCUUUGGUGACGGUUGCUCAUAACUUUAAUAGUCUGUCGAGUUACUCACGCUUAGCUAGUGAUUCGUUUUUCUCCCCAUUUACUUUCCGAUGUCUGGAAAAUACUAAUGGGCCAUACUCCGUGUGAUACUAUGCAGGGCCUAAACAAAUAGAUACUCGUCCCAUUGAUAUAUUCGUCAGAGUGAUUGCUGAAGUUUCUAGGUAGUGUCGCGCAGCACUCGUAAUUCUAGAGCUUUGACUUCCCUGAGGAAAUAUCGUAUUUCCUGUUCAGAAAGUUGGCCAUAACUCCCGCUGUAUGAACGGUUAGAUUGCAAUCAAUUAGUCCUUCACGUCAACAUACCAAGCUCUUCUGGAGACUCCUGAGGAAUC